AUGAAAACUAUUCAAGAGCGUUUAGAUGACACUGACCAGAAAUUGCAGACGAACAUCAGUAGCCUUGAGAAGCAAAGAAACGAAAUUAUUUCUCAGAUAGAGGGGAUUGAGCAGGAAUUCUUUAAACAUAUCCGUAAGCUGAAGCAUAAAGCAUUGGAAGCUCUGUAUUCAGACUUUUCGUUGGUCAAAGAUGAGAUUGAGACAAAUGUUUCUCAGAUUAGCAAAGUAAAACAAGAAAUUGAGCAAGCAAACAACCAGUUACAGACAGCCGACAGUAUGAAUAUAAGGCAACAAUUUGUACAGACAAAACUGGUACAACAGAGUGUAAACAAUGCUUUGGAAGUUUUUAAACAAAGCGAGGCUAAAGGUUGUCUGUUUUUGCGCUUUACGGAAAAUACGAAAUUAAAAUCUUUAAUCAUUGCGUCAACAUCUUUAGGGUCUGUUCAGAAGACAACAGAAAACAACAGUCAGGUAGCAUUAAAGUUGUAUAAAGUAAUUUCACAGAAGAUUAAUAUCAGAAUGAAAAAUGACCGUUAUCAAUGCUACAUCAGUGAUAUAUGUCAACUUGCAGACGGUACAAUCAUACUGGCUGAUAGAAAUAAUAUGAAGCUAAAGAGGCUUGAUGUGAAUUAUGACAUUAAAGAUUGUUUGGAUCUAGAAUCAUAUCCUACAGGUAUAUGCUGUACUGGUAAUACUGAGGUCGCUGUGAAACUGCACACCAACAAAGUUUGGUUUAUAUCAGUAGGAAGCUCAUUAUCUAAGGUGAGAGAUAUAUCUGUUACAUGUGGAGGUUACUGGGGAAUGACAUAUUGUGAUGGAGAAUUGUGGGUAUCUGAUGGAAAUGGUGUAAAUGCAUACAAUAUGACUGGCACAUUGAUAAAGUCUGUCAGUAAUACUGUCAAUGGUCAACACAUAUUUAAAUCAUCUCAACAGCAAAUGGCUGUCAGCGGAGAUACUGUUAUUGUAACAGAUUAUAGUGAUGGUGCUGUCUGUCUGAACAGAGAUGGAACGGUGAAGAGAGAACUGAGAGAUAAAAGGCUUGUCUGGACACGUGGUGUAUGUGUAGCCAACAACGGAACCGUGUUUAUUUCUGGGUAUAGCUCAAACAACAUCAUGAUGUUUGAUAGAGAUAGUAAAUGUCUGGGAGAAUUGGUGGUUAAAGAAGCUGGUCUGGCUAAUCUAACAUCAUUGUUGUAUGAUGACAAGAAAAGCUGUUUAAUUGUUGCAUGCGAUCCGGAUAAGAUCAUAGUUUAUUAUACAUGA